GCCAUAGUGUCCUCCUUGAAGCGUCGCAUACUUUACAUUGGUAGACCGCACGUUCACAUCAGAUAGCAUAGGUGAUAUUGGCCAUCAAGGGCAAAGGAACUUGAAGAAAUAGAUAUGGCAGCUAAAGAUGUACCGUUACACGAGGCGGCGAAACCAUUGCAAUGGUUGCUUGGCAAAUGGAAAGGCCAGGGCAAGGGAAUCUACCCUACCAUCAAAGAUUUUGAGUACAUUGAAGACCUAGAGUUCUUCCAUGUUGGUCAACCAAUGCUCCAGUUCAGCUUUUAUUCUGUACACAAAGACACAAAUAAAAUCCUGCACAGAGAAGUUGGAUUUCUUCGAAUCAAACCUGGAACCAAUCAAGUGGCAUUCAUAUCAUCUCACAACAACGGUGUCAGUGAGAUGGCUGAGGGGACGAUGGAAGGUCAGAGUGUCGGCCUGGAAUCGCACACUCUAGGACGCAUGUCUUUCGGUAAAGAUCCUCAGACAAAGAAGUUGAAGAGAACCCUAACGCUAGAGGGAGACACACUACAUCAGGUGUUGUUUAUGGAGACAAGUAACGUCACUAUGACUGAACAUUUACGAGCAACUUAUAAAAAGGUGGAAUACUAGUAGUUCAAUGGAACCCAAAGUCAUUAAUUAAUUAUAUAUGAGUUCCAUUCACAGUGAGUCAGGCGUACUCUAUACAUGUACUUUGAUCAUUGUUGAUCUGACAGCGUGGUUAGCUUUUUUCUUCUAGUCAAUACCGCCAUCUUUGCCAGUUGCUUACAAAGAUCUACGACACAAAUUGUUCUCAGAAUCAUAAGGAAUAGCAAUGUACAUGUAUAAUACAUGUAUAAGAAGACUUAGUGUUAUGCUACUUAAUCAAAAUAAAUUCUGGAAGAAACA